AUGGCUGAUGAGGAUUGCUUCAAAUCGAAUGUGGGUUGUUGCGUUGGUGAUGGUAAUGAUAUCGGAUUUUGGAAAUUCAAGUGGUUUGGAAAUAACAGUUUUGGUGAAUUAUAUCCUAAUCUGUAUGCAAAAGAAGCUUUUAAGGAUGUUUUGAUCUCAGAUAAGUUGAGUCGAAAUGGAACAGAUACCGAGUGGCAUUGGCAGUGGUGUGAAGAACUUUCUGACAAUGACGCACAUCAUCUUCGAGCUCUUAAACAACUUUUACUUGAUUGUCCUUUUGAUCAAGCGAGGUCGGAUAGAUGGCGGUGGGUGCCGGAUUCGGUUGGCCUCUUUACGGUUAAAUCGUGUUAUAGUUUGUUGCUUCAAUAUUCUAACACGGUUGUUUUGGAGUCAAAUGUUUUGGAUGCUAUCCAAAAGCUUUGGAAAAACGAUGUUCCAUCUAAAGUUAAUAUUUUUGGUUGGAGAUUGCUUCUAGAGAAGCUUCCUACGCGGGCAGCCCUUCAUCAUAGAGAUAUAUUGAAUAAUCCGCAUGAUAUUUCUUGUACUUUUUGUUAUAUGCAAAUGGAAGACUGUUCCCAUCUAUUCUUCAAUUGCUCUUUUGUUAAAGGUGUGUGGGAAACUAUAUAUAGAUGGUUAGGAUAG